AUGACAGGAGCGUACAAUGUGUGCUGCAAUGUGUUCGUGUGGCUGUUUGGAUCUUAUUGGCAGUAUUGGUGCAACCGAGGGCCUGUAUUAGGAUUGCAACGCCUUAACCAAAGUAAGGAAGAAAUGGAACUUGUGUUGUGAGGAAAAUUAUUGCUAUUUUAGUAUUUCUUCUAAUUAUAGACGCAUUGUGCUAAGUUUGCACAAUUCAUUCUACAUUAAAAAAAAGUAAGCUUGACCCUGUUGACUUUGAGAUGUUAGGCGCUUACCUUUUGUAUAGAAAUUUCAGUGAAAAAUUCCCGUGAAAUAGUACUGGUAUAUUUUUUUGUCACCGAAAACAGGAACGAGAUUGAGUUGUACCAUUUACAAAAUACCGGUAACAUUUUCGCUUUCUCACUACAUGAAGCCUGGCACUAGUAAUCCAACCAAAUGGUACAGAAAAUUUCGGUCGUUUCGGUAAAAAUGGGAAAAAGGUAGUAGCUCGAAAGAUAUACUUUUUUUCCGGAAAACUUCCACCGGGAUGAACUGUUCCAUUUGAAUUCUCCUCGGAAUUUCCGGGUUUCCAUACAAAUGGUAAGCGCUCCCAAACAGGAGAUCGUGCUGAAGAAUAAAGUUGACUAGAAUCAAUUAAGGUUCCCUGGCAACCUCCGUUUGUUUACCCAAAAUAUUGAGGCCACUAACCAGAUUUGCGCUGCUUUGUUCAGUUGUUGACGCAAACAGACGAUUAGAGUUACCUACUGAUAAGGGCCUCUGAACUCUGUUGGUGCCUUUUAUCCUUUGUACGAAUUCGUAAAGACAGACCAAGGUUAUAGCGCCAGUUUUGCUUUGAAGAAUUGAUCAAAUAAUAGCUUUAAUAGUUUCUAGGCCAUACAAAAGACUAAACAUAUUGUCGGGGGAAUCGAUAACAGGAACUACUUCCCUCACUGAAGGAUUACCUAAAGUAAACAUUGUCAAAAAAGGCAAUUCCUUCAGUGAACCGCACCUUCUAAAGGAAGCUUAAUUCUUCGUGUUUACUUAGUUGUAGCCUUGCGUCGACUUGAAUUGGCGCACAAACCUCUAGUAAAGCUUUUUAUUAAUUAUUAACGAUAACUGUAAAAAGAACAAUGAACGACAAGUCGUAAUCCAGCAACCUAGUGCCUCGGUUACUGGACUUAAUAACUUUGCUUGCCCUUCGAUAAAUUGAAUUCGGUAUUCUGUAUUCUGUUUUCUUUAUUCUAGAGGGCGAAACUGAUACAAGCGAACGACAGGGAGGGGUAGUCUUGUUAGCUGAAAAAUUAGACCGGAAAAGGCUUGCCCUAAAAACCGUAGCCUUCCCUAAUUCCCUUCCCCUUCCCUUUCCAACGCCUGCCACGCAGUCUAUAAAAACCACGUCAGCAGGACCUAGUACAAAAGAAAAGGGGCUAGAAAUGUUAGAAACCAUCGCCAAGGUUUUAUGACAACGUUAAUGAUGUACGGUGCCUGACUAGAAUCAGCUGUAGAAUGACUAAAUAAGUUAUGCGAUUGAUUUAACUAACUAGCAGAAUUGACCGGUCACGACGCCUGAAAUACCUGACAACACGCCUCACCACUGGAGUGUUCCCCGAAAAGGUCUCUUUCGGUUUCAACGGAGCUCAAAGACAACCGACGCUAAUAAAUUAAGAGCAGUGUCAUCCUUGUAGUACACAUGCACUUAACUUUUACAUCAAAGUGAACAGUUAAAAAAUCCUCACCUACUUACAUUUAGUUUUAAAACACUUAACUUAGUCAAGUAUUUUAAGUACUUUUUCAAAUUUUACGGUGAUCGCUAAGUUGUUUUGUUUUCCCCGUUAGGAUUAAAUCGACACCAGAAUCAAACUACGCUGCUUCGUGACCUUUCGAUGACUGAGCGAAUAGCUGUCGAAAACAAUGACUAUGGACAGUAUGAUGAAGGUAAGGCAUAGUAAGUUUGAUUAUAAAAAUACUAAAAGUAGGUCUGAAACAGGAGUCCAUGGGCUCCUGGUCUGAAAUUAAUCGAAAUAAAAAAUAUUAUAAAAAAAGAAUCAUUAAAUCUUUGGUUUUGUUUUACAGUUUACAUCCAACAUCAAAUUACUAUCACUUUUAAUCAAGUCAUGCUUCCUCGUCUGAGUAAUAUACAUCCCGUUAAUUCCAAUAAUCGACCCUCCCUCUCCUUGCGGGAAUAAGCUCUCUUCCAAUCGACGGGCCAAAAUUGAAAGUGAUAUGCUGUAUUUCUAUGCAGAAAAAAAGACACAUUAAAACUGCAAAUUAAAAAAUGCCCCCUUCCUUGCCUUGGAUAGGAUAGGAUCAAAGUUGUAACAUAUCUGACAUAUGCUUUACUGAAUACAUUUUCAGGGCCAUUUCCGAUUCAGUGCACUGAUGCAAUCUAA